CUGGUCCUCCCCGGGCCGCAGAGGAGCCGUUAACGGCUGCCGUUAAGGACCGUUCCAUCCCGGGUACUCUGUGAGAAACCAAAGGCUGCGGGCCUUCCUCGGCGGGCCGCAGGACGGCCCCGGCUUCCGAGAAGGCGGCGGACUCCCCGACCCCGAGUCGCCUCGCCUCCGCCUCCCCCUCCAGGUCCUCUGGCCCUGUCCUGUGGGCUGCCGGUGCUGACCUCGACUGUUCUCUGGUGACUCCCUGGCCAUCCCCUGGCUCCUGGUCUGGCCGACCUCCCUGGCCCUGGAAGAUGUUCCUGGUGGGGCUGACAGGGGGCAUUGCCUCAGGCAAGAGCUCUGUGCUGCAGCUCUUCCAGCAGCUGGGCUGCGCAGUGAUCGACGUGGAUGUCAUCGCCCGCCACAUUGUCCAGCCAGGGUACCCUGCCCACCGGCGCAUCGUGGAGGCCUUUGGCCCUGAGGUCUUACUGGAGAACGGCGACAUCAAUCGCAAGGUCCUGGGGGACCUCAUCUUUAAGCAGCCCAACCAGCGGCAGCUGCUUAAUGCCAUCACCCACCCCGAGAUCUGCAAGGAAAUGAUGAAGGAGACCUUUAAGUGCUUCCUCCAGGGGCGCCGAUAUGUGAUUCUGGAUAUCCCGCUGCUCUUCGAGACCAGGAAGCUGCUCAGGUACUUGAAGCGCGUCAUUGUGGUGUACUGCGAUCGAGACACACAGCUGGUGCGGUUGAUGGAGCGGAAUGGCCUGAGCCUCAAGGAUGCUGAGGCCCGCAUCCAGGCCCAGCUGCCCCUGAAGGACAAGGUCCGGAUGGCCAACCAUGUGCUGGACAACUCAGGCCAGUGGAGUGACACGCGACGGCAAGCCAUCCUCCUGCACGCGCAGCUCGAGCGGUCUCUGGAGUACUUGCCGCUGCGGCUCGGCGUGCUUGUGGGGCUGGCCAGCAUCACCAGCUUCCUCUACCUGCUUGCCCGGUGCCUGCUGCCUUCUCCUUAGCCGGGUGCAGCGCUGCUCGCCCAGGUCUGGCUGGCCAGCCCUCCCUCCUUCCUGCCCAGUGCCCAUUCUGGCUCCUGUAGUGCAGGCUGCGCUCAUUAGAUGGGGGGUGGGUUGUAGCUCCCUGGCCUCCUGGGGUCCAAGGCCUCCGGGUUUGAGUUCUCCCUGCCCCUGCCCCGGCCCCGUCGCAGCAGAACCUGCAUAGACUGGGGAAAACCCUUUUGGAUGAGAGCUUCCCCUCUCCACUCUUGGGUAGGGAGGCUGUGGCCAGGCAGACGGGCAGGCGCCACGCCCCCCGGCUGCCCCCAGGCCUCCCCACACUGACUCCAGCCCGAGCUCUGGCACCCACAGGCCCUGCUGCUCCUCACCCUGUGCUUCCCUCCAGGUGGCUUGGCCUGGGACACCCAAUGCCAUGCAUCCUGCCUGCCUCAGUGUCUAACCCAGCGCCCAUUGUUGAAGCCUGGCUGGCCGGGUGCUCUGGGAGCCGCUCUGCCCUGUUUCCCGUGAUCCAUGGGUGUCACCAGCGUGGAGCCUUGGCUUCUGCAGCCUGUGGGCCUCAUGCUGCUCCUGUGCUGAGCUGGGCCCUUGGGGUGGUCAAUAAAGUGUGAUCCAGACACCGA